AUGCGGGGUUUGCCGUCUCAGGAGGCGAAAGAAGACAAUGGUGAGCCUACCGCAUCCACGUUGACCGGAUAUUUGAUGACAGGGACCAUGCGCGCAUAUGCCCAUAUACAUCCAUCCAUCCAUCCAUCCGUGGAGGUUCAAGUUGGUGUCGGGCUGAGAUCUGCCGCACUGGGUGUUCUGAUGCUCGCGAGGCUUGUGACACGCCGUGAGAAUAUCCUUUGCGGCAAGCAGCAGAACGGGUUAAGACCGUUAGCCAUCAUUCUAGAAGAACUCCUCGUCGAAUAUCGGUCCGCAUCCACUGGAGUAUUCCCGUCACAAGGUACAGUAGAUGAAGGUAUCUGGUACGCUGAUGGAACAAGCCGAACACCCGAGACGGCAAGGUAUGUGAUCGGCUGUCCGUCGCUCCCAUCAACGUCGACUUCACGCAUGGAUGUCGUACUUUGCACGAUGGACGGGCCCUCGUACCGUCACCCGGCCAUGUCACAGGCAGGUAGAAGGGAUAGCCCUUCAACUCGGCCCCAACAAACGAGAAGCUCUACCGCCAUGUAUGAUGUCUUCCCAGCAGAACUGGUGGGCUUGCUUGAAAGUUACCACCAGGCUGGCCUUGGGGAGCCGUGUGGGCUUCCAUGGAUACGGCAAACUUACCGUGGAACACUAAUAACUAAAUUCGCCAGACUAACUGGUGCAAACCGCCCUGUGCAGCCCGUGCAAACCAAGGGGCAGCGAGCUCUCGACGGGUGA